ACGAGCCACUCGUCUCAAUGCGGCUCGGGCUAUGACAGCCUCCGUGCUCCUCCAUCCCCGCUGGAUCGAGCCCGUCAUGUUCCUCUACGACAACAGCCUGGAGGAGAUCAACAAGAACAUGGAAGCCGGCUUCCACGCGGCGGCGGCGGCGGCUGCAGCGGCGGCGGGCACCAGCUUCGUGGCGAGCAACCAGUGCCCCAGGAACCUGAUGGCCCACCCGGGCACCGCCGCAGCCUACGCCGCCUCCAGCGAGCCUCCCUCGGGGCCGGCUGGCAUGGCCGACCCGGUCCCGGCUGUCAAGCAAUGCAGCCCUUGCUCGGCCUCGGUGCAAGGCUCCUCGGGCCCCGCCGCCCUGCCCUACGGCUACUUCGGCAGCGGCUACUUCCCCUGCGGCAUGAACCACCACCACCCCAACGCCUCGCUCAAGUCCUGCUCCCAGCCCGCCUCCUCCUUCGCCGACAAGUACAUGGACACCUCCGGGGCCGCAGUCGCCGCCGCCGGGGAAGACUUCUCCUCCCGCGCCAAGGAGUUCGCCUUCUACCAAGGCUACGCCGCCGGACCUUACCAGCCCGUCCCGGGCUACCUGGAUAUGCCCGCCGUGGUGCCCACCCUCGGAGGGCGAGGAGAGCCCCGCCACGACUCCAUGCUCAUGGAGGGCUACCAGCCUUGGGCCAUCACCAACGGCUGGAACGGGCAGGUCUAUUGCCCCAAGGAGCAGAACCAGCCGCCCCACCUCUGGAAGUCCACUCUCCCCGACGUGGUUUCACAUCCUUCCGAUGCCAAUUCCUACAGACGUGGGAGAAAGAAACGAGUGCCUUAUACCAAGGUCCAGUUAAAAGAACUCGAAAGGGAAUACGCUACAAAUAAAUUCAUUACCAAGGACAAGCGGAGAAGGAUAUCAGCCACUACGAAUCUCUCAGAGAGGCAAGUCACAAUCUGGUUCCAAAACAGGAGGGUAAAAGAGAAAAAAGUCAUCAACAAAUUGAAGACGACCAGUUAAUGGA